CGGCCCCGAUGACGCCGCGGCGACGCCGGGAGCGUGGGGCGGCAGGGCUUGCUGGGCCUCCGCGCGCACAACCCUCCUCGCCGCUCGCGCCUGUCCCCGCCGAGCCUUCGCUGCCCGGUUGUGUCUCUGCCUCCGUCUCCGCACCAUGGCUUUCGUGACCAGGCAGUUCCUGCGCUCCGUGUCCUCCUCGGCCUCAGCCUCGGCCUCGGCGAAGAAAAUCAUUGUCAAGCACGUGACGGUCAUCGGCGGCGGGCUGAUGGGCGCGGGCAUUGCGCAGGUUGCUGCAGAAACUGGCCACACAGUAGUGUUGGUGGACCAGACAGAGAACAUUCUGGCAAAAUCUAGAAAGGUAAUUGAAGAAAGCCUUACGAAAGUGGCCAAGAAGAAGUUUUCAGAAAACCACAAGGCUGCUGAUGAAUUUGUGGAGAAGACGCUGAGCAGCAUUUCGACCAGCACAGAUGCAGCGUCUGUAGUUCACAGCACAGACCUGGUAGUGGAGGCCAUCGUGGAGAAUCUGAAGGUGAAGAAUGAGCUCUUCAAGAGGCUGGACAAGUUUGCCGCUGAACACACAAUCUUUGCCAGCAACACUUCCUCUUUGCAGAUCACAAGCAUAGCCAAUGCCACCACCAGACAGGACCGAUUCGCCGGGCUCCAUUUCUUCAACCCGGUGCCCUUGAUGAAGCUUGUGGAGGUCAUUAAAACACCAAUGACCAGCCAGAAGACAUUUGAGUCUCUGACAGACUUCAGCAAAAGCCUGGGAAAGCAUCCUGUUUCUUGUAAGGACACUCCUGGGUUUAUUGUGAAUCGUCUUGUGGUGCCAUACCUCAUGGAAGCAAUCAGGCUAUUUGAACGAGGUGACGCCUCCAAGGAGGACAUCGACACCGCCAUAAAGCUGGGAGUCGGCUACCCUAUGGGCCCGUUUGAGCUGCUUGAUUACAUAGGGCUGGAUACCACAAAGUUCAUCAUAGACGGAUGGCAUGAAAUGGAUGUGAAGAACCCCUUGUUCCACCCCAGCCCAUCCUUGAAUAAGCUGGUAGCAGAGAAUAAGCUUGGCAAGAAGACUGGAGAAGGAUAUUACAAACACAAAUGACACACAGCUUCCCUGGCCCUGGGCAGAGCCCGUAAGCAGACACCAGCAGCCCCCAAGUGCCCAAGGGAAGGCUCUUUGGUCAGACCUCCUCUCACACAGCACAGUCUGUUGGACGUGCAUUUUGAUUAUAAUGUACCUAAAGUAAUUACACCACUAUUAUUACAAUAAUAGCAGAUUCCUCCACUGAGAACUAAUUCCCUUUAAUCUGCUCAUUUCUGUGUAUUUUCUAAAAAGCUUUAUAUCCUGGGUGCCUUGACGCAUACAUUUGUUUUGGACAUUGUAGCCUGAAUUCAUUCUCUCGUAAAGGGGAAAGUGCUGUGUUCGUCACUGCCACCUGGGUGACUCGUGAGCCAUUGACACUCUGUGGCGUGUGGGACAUGCUGCGGCCCUUCUGAGACCACUGGCUGCCUGCAGCUUCAAGCCUCACCCUGCGUUAUGGGCUCGCCUUACAGUGUUGUAUCUUUAUCCAGCCCAGGCUGCUGGAUUGGUGGAAAUAUCUCUGUGCUUGCUUUGCAGGAAGAGGUUUCAUUCACAUCCAAAAUCUGAAUGAGCUCAGCUGUCUCUUUUUUUUUGUGAGAAAUCAUUGCUGCAAACUGCUGAAAAUUGACUCUAAUAAAAAUGCAAUCUUUUAAUCUGAAAAUUUGAAUUGAAAUAAACAUAUAAUUUAAAAUCGAA